AUGCUGAACUCCCAGUGGAGUAGUCUUUGGGCCAUUAUGGGAGUUCUCCUCAUCCAUUCAGUGGCAGGAGUGCACAGCCUCUGUUGGGAUAACAGUUGGUGUUGGGACAUGGACACGGAAGUAAAAAUGAUGGAGUGCCUCAGGGCCUGCAGAACGGGCCUCUCAAAUGAGUCUCCAGUAUAUCCAGGAAAUGGUCACAUGCAGCCUCUCUCUGAAGAUAUUCAGAAGAACAUCCCCUGGAAGAAAUUUGGGAAGAGUAACAGCUUAGGCAACAAAAUAAAGAACCCUUCCGGUGACUCUGGUGCAGAUCUCUUCUCGGCUUCUUCAGAAACCCAAGAGAGCUGGGAAGGAGACUCAGAAAGCCACCAAGAGUCCCGUGAAAAGCAAGAAGGCAAGAGGUCCUAUGCAAUGGAGCACUUCCGAUGGGGAAAGCCAGUGGGCAGAAAGAGGCGACCCAUCAGAGUCAAUCCAAAUGGGGCAGCAGAUGAAUCCGAGGAGAGUUAUCCCGAGGAGUUCAGAAGAGACCUUUCCUGGGAGAUGCAAUACCCCGAACUUGACUCCCCGGAGGAAAAAGAGAGCAGUGAAACCAUUAAGAUGGACAAAGAAAAGCAGCUGAGAAAAAUUAAAAACGAUAAUACUGCCUACAAGAUGCACCACUUUCGGUGGAACGCCCCAGCCCUGUCCAAGAAGAAGCGCUACGGCGGCUUCAUGACCUCAGAGCACAGUCACACUCCUCUAGUGAAUCUUUUUAAGAAUGCCAUCAUCAAAACUGCUUAUAAGAAAGGCCAGUAA